AAACUUACAAAAAAAUAAUGCUAAAAGAAAUGGGGACUAAUAAUCACAACUUUAUCCUCCACCUCCUCCGUCUCACCGCCGCCGUGCUCAGCCUCUCCACCACCGCCUCCGCAAUCGGAGUAAACUACGGCACCCUCGGGAACAACCUGCCGCCGCCCGCCACGGUGGCCAACUUCCUCAAGACGCAGACGAUCAUCGACAGCGUGAAGCUCUUCGACGCCAACCCGGACGUCCUUCGAGCCUUCGCCGGCAGCGGGCUCUCCGUCACCGUCACGAUUCCCAACGGCCUGAUCCCGUCUCUCGCGGACGUCGGCGCGGCCCGCGGGUGGAUAAAUGACAACAUUGCCCCCUUCCACCCGCAGACCAAGAUCAACCGAGUUCUCGUGGGGAACGAGAUAAUGGCCACCCUCGACGAUAAUUUGAUUUCCAAUCUCGUCCCCGCCAUGAAAGCUGUUCAUCAAGCUCUGGUCCAGGCCGGCAUUAAUGACAUUCAGGUAACAACAGCCCACUCAAUGGGCAUCCUCAAAGCCUCCGACCCACCAAGCGCCGGCCAAUUCUGGCCCGGCCACGACGUCACAGUCUACGCACCGAUGCUCGAAUUCCUCCGCCAGACCAAAGCCCCAUUCACCGUCAACCCGUACUCCUACUUCGGCUACUCCCCACAGAUGGCCAACUACGCCCUCUUCCGGCCCAACCCGGGGGUCCACGACCCGGUCACGGGGAUCACAUACACCAACAUGUUCGACGCCACCCUCGACGCCACCUACACCGCCAUGAGGAAGCUGGGCUUCCCCGACGUGGGCCUCCUCGUCGGCGAGACGGGCUGGCCCACUCUUUGUCUCCCCGGACAGCUGGAGUGCAACGUGGAGAACGCCGCGUGGUACAAUUCCGAGCUCGUCAGACGGAGCGUUGACGGGGUGGGGACGCCGUUGGUGCCCAAUAAGCGGAUCGGGAUUUUCUUGUUUGCGCUGUUUAAUGAGAACGAGAAGCCCGGCCCGAUUACGGAGCAGAAUUGGGGCCUGUUCAGGCCCGAUAUGACUCCCGUUUAUCACUGCGGCGUCUUGCGCUCCGAACAGCCUCUGGCUCCCAUCGGGCGUCAGGGCGGCCGCAAAACCCACAAAGGCAGCGCUGGAGGCGCAACUCCGGCGAUUCCGGUGCCAGCCGCCGGUGGCGGGAAGAAAUGGUGUGUGGCCAAGGCCGGAGCAGCGGCUCCGACAUUGCAGGCAAACAUAGACUAUGCGUGCGGGAAUGGAGCGGAUUGCAAGCCCAUUCAGCCAGGAGGCCCGUGCUUCGAGCCCAACAACGUUGUGGCCCAUGCUACUUUCGCCAUGAACUCUUACUAUCGGGCCAAAGGUAGCCUGGACUCCACUUGUUAUUUCUCCAACACCGGCGUUGUCACCGCCGUCGAUCCAAGUAAUGCUAAUUGUAAGUUCCCGUAAGGAAAAGAUCCACGAGGAUGUGGAAAACGUGCACAAGUUGUUGCAUUGGAGCUCUAAUUUGACGGGAGAGGUGCGGACCAAGUUUAUGAAUUGACAAAUCGUAAAUUAAAAUUUUGGCUAAAAGUUUUUUGGUAAAAUUUUAUUUUAGGAAUUGUAGUAUUUGAAUUUGUCACUAUUUGACAACUUUAUUCUUGAUGUAAUUUUUGGGUAUGUCGCUGGAAAAGUGGAAUAACUAGCUAGUGCAAAAAUGAGUGUUCGUAUAUGAGAUAGCUUGUUCGAAAAAUUAAAAGAGAGUUUUUGAAACGGUUAGCAAAAGUUCAUGCAAUGUCAUCAUGUAGAGAUGUCAUCAAUCUGAAUUGUUGUUGUGUGUAGUAAGGAUUGAAAUGUGCUUCGUGUCGAUGUAGUUUAAUUUAUAAUGAAAGCUGCCACAUCAUAGCCAAGUAAGAGAAUGAAUUA